GGUGGCAAGUGUACAGAGUGAGCCUGGCCAGCAGAAUGUCCUCUUGCAGCAGCCACUGGGGAGGAAGAGGGGCCUGAGGCAGCUAAGACGCCCUCUCCUGUCAAGGCAGAAGACUCAAGCUGAACUCAGAAACCGUCAUGGCGCUCGACUGUCUACCACUCGCAGGAGCAUUCAACCGAAGACAAAGCCAUCUGCUGACCAGAAGCGAUCUGUGACAUUCAUCGAGGCUCAGCCAGAGCCAACAGCUGCCCCCACAGACAUGCUUCCUGUCACAGGCCAAACACAAGGCUGCAGCCCAGGCCUAUCUGGGAAGCCAGAAGGAACAGACAAGCCAGUGCUCACAUCCUCUCCCGCCAUUGUCGUUGCGGAUCUCCAUAGCCUGUCUCCCAAGCAGAGUGAGCUCCUUCAUGCUGAAGAAGGAGAAAAGAAGGAGGAUACGGAGGUACAAGGUGCCGCAGCACACAGCCCCCCCUCUACUCAGCUGUCCGACCCUGAUGACUUCACUGGCCUCGAGACAUCCAGCCUCCUACAGCAUGGAGACACUGUCCUUCAUAUCAGUGAGGAAAAUGGCAUGGAGAACCCCCUGCUGUCCAGCCAGUUCACUUUCACUCCUCCAGAGCUGGGGGAGACCGAUGCAGCCCUGGAUGAGUUCCGUGUUUAGUUCUGUACUGCAGGAGCUCCGCUUGCCGACAGUAGAAUGCUUUCGAGCUAAGUGAUUAACUCUAAAACAGCACUUCAUAGCCCUUCGGUGGCAGUAAGUCUGAGAGGAUUUCGCUGCCCAAACUCCUAAUGUUUCAUAAACAUCCUAAAAAUCAAUAGCUAAAAGUCUUUAGUUGUGUGAAGACCAUGAAAACAGAGAAGAAUAGGGGAAAGAGCCAUCUCACUGCACAUUGUAGAUAGCACGCUUUGAGCAGCUAGGAAUACAUACUACUAUUACAGACAGCUUGAGAAUAUAUAAUAUUACUGCCCUCGUAAUAUUAACGAUAUGUUCUAAAAGGGAAUGCAGUCUUUUAAGAUGCAUUAUACAUCUCAUGAAAAUGUUUAUUUUUGUAGUUUCAAAAUUUUACAUUAGGUGGCUAUAUGCAUAUCAAUUUACAUUAAAAAAACAAUUGAUAAGAAAAAUAAUUAGAGAAACUAAAUAACAAACCCUACAGCCAUUUUUUGUUUUGGCCAAUAAUAUAGCCAGUUAUUUAAAAAAAAAAAGCAAAAUACUAUUUUUAGAGCUAUGGAGUUUUCAAAAUUUAUUUUUUAACUGUCCUUUUCAUUACAUGUUAUAAAUCAAAAUUCUAAUGUCACAUAUCAUUCCAUUUCAUAUCUAUCGUAUUAGACAGAGAAUAUUCUAGAAAUUCUCAGACAUGAUUCUGAAUUAAUAGCAUAGAGAGCUCUAUAAUUAUAAAAAGCUAAAUGUAAAUAGCAUUGCUUGAAAGAGAUGGCAUUCCUACUUCUAGCCCUGACUACAUCAAUGUCAAGAUUAGGAUCUAUUGGGAAAGGGGGUUACUUUCCCUCACAGUCCUUGUGCCUGCCCCUGAGGGCAUCUUUUCAUACAUUAAAGUUAAGUUGUUAGCACUAGAUCAGAAAAUAACUUUUUCUCAGUAGUCAAAAAUAUUCUAUGAUUCUUAGGAGAUUCCAGUCAAUGGGGAAAAGUCAGAGUAAUCAACUUCUUUAUAGACUCAGACAGCUUGUAUAUAUGACAAAUAGGGCUUUAACUUGAAGUGCAGUUACUUCAAAAAAAAAAAAAAACAAUUUGAAAGACUUGUAAGGUCAGUACUUAGUAGAUUAUUGAAGGGCUCCACAUCAUGCAGUUCAUCAAUGGUUUCUGAAAGUUUAGCAGUUUACAUUAGAAAAAUGUACUGAGCAUUGAGAAAUCUCAUACACAUAUCUACAUUGGUGUGUAUGUAUGUGUGUGUGUGUGUGUGUGUGUGUGUUAGUCUUCAAGUAGAUGUUAAACAGAGAUUUUGACUAUGUUGAUACGAGUUUAAAAUAUAUUCUAUAUGCUCAAAUGUUGACUAUGUUAGCUAUGAAAUGUACAUGUAUAGAAAAAGACCUAUAAACCCAAACAAAUCAUAAAGAAAAAUGAUUUUUAUGUUAGAAUUGUUUAUUAAAUAAGCACAGCUUAUAUUGUGACUUACAAAAUCAAAUACAUUUUGGGGCUAUCGCCUCCUUCACCAAGAGAAUGAAAGUUAAUCUGUAAAUCCCCCAUGUCAGAAAAUCAAGGCUGUACCACCUCUUGGCCUUUUGACUGAGAAGAGUAUGGGACAUGAAGGAGAUAAGUAAACCUCUUUUAUGUGUUAAAACAUCUUCAUGUCACUUAUACUUAACGCAGAAUAUCCAUUUCUAAGUACAGAAGUAGACCUGUCAGUGGUUUUCUGGUUCUGAGCUAAGAUAUUUUGCCUGUUAAAAACUAUGCUGCUCAAUUAGCAUUAGAGGCCUUAUGUUUGGUAAUUACAAGUAUCUAUGUGCAUCUAUAUGUCUGUGCUUUGUUCCUGGAUUCUUGAUUCAAAAUCUCUGUAAUCAUGUCAGAUAUUUAAGAAGUAUCGAGGUCAAAGAACUGUUAAAUAUUCAAUAAUAACCCUAAAUACCUUUAUAUAUUUUAAAUGUGUUGGGCUGUUGGAGAAAUGAUUUUACUGGUCUGUCUGCCUUUUAACCUGACUCCUUCACUGUCGUGUAUGGAAAUCUGUUAGAAACUUUUUCAAUAAGCUAAGUAGCGUUUUUAUCUUGAAAGGAAAAAAAGAAGAGAGAGAGAGACAUGUCCACUCUGAGAAUUGCGUAUUGUUGGAACUUCUGAGACUUGGCAGAUGUGUGCAUCUAUUCCAUUUAAGGUGUCCUUAAACGUGUUGAAUGUAAUGUGUUGAAUGUUUAUGUGUGGUGACUAAAGUAUCUAUAUGUAUGUGCAUAAAACUGUCACAAGAUGUAUUCUCAGGAAUACUGUUACCUGGAGUUUGAAAGAAUAACUUAAAGAAAACAGUUAGGGAAGAUAAGCAAAAAAUUUGAAUUAAUUGACAAUCUUUUGUAAUAUUCAAAAUGUGAGUAAGAAUUGUCACUUUUGAUCAAUAUAAAUAUUAAUAUUACU